GGGUAGAGCCGGGCCUGCCCAAGCCGCCCCCCAGCCCCCCCAUUCCUCUUGUUUGUCUCCAAGUCCGGCCGGAACCGGCUUCUGCUCGCCGGGGGGCGGGCGGGUAGCUGCUGAUUGGCCAACGCCUGUUUCCAGCCCCACUCGGCCAAUCAACGGGCAGCAGUGUUUUUCAUCUUAGGGUAGGAAUAAAAGGGCUGGAAAUAAAGGGGACAGAAAAGGCGCCGGGCGGGCCCGAUACACACCGGUAGGAGCCGGGUGUCUGCAGAGCCCGAGCCGGGCCGCCGCCACACCGCACCAUGGCGCCCACCCUGGCCACUGCCCAUCGGCGCCGCUGGUGGAUGGCCUGCACCGCUGUGUUGGAAAACCUCCUCUUCUCGGCAGUCCUCCUGGGAUGGGGCUCGCUGCUCAUCAUGCUCAAGUCGGAGGGCUUUUACUCCUACCUGUGUACGAAGCCAGAGAAUGUCACCAAUGGCACCGUCGGGAGCACGGCAGAGCCAGGUCAUGAGGAGGUGAUCCUGAUGAAUGGCUGGCUCAGCUGCAAAGCCCAAGAUGAGAUUCUGAAUUUGGCGUUCACCGUGGGUUCCUUCCUGCUCAGUGCCAUCACCCUGCCUCUGGGCAUCAUCAUGGACAAGUAUGGUCCAAGGAAGCUCAGGCUGCUGGGCAGUGCCUGCUUUGCCGUCUCCUGCUUGCUGAUUGCAUAUGGAGCAAGUAGCCCAGACUCUCUCUCCGUCCUCAUCUUCAUUGCCCUGGCUCUGAAUGGCUUUGGGGGGAUGUGCAUGACGUUCACCUCGUUGACACUGCCCAAUAUGUUCGGUGAUCUUCGGUCGACGUUUAUCGCCUUGAUGAUUGGGUCCUACGCCUCCUCAGCAGUUACCUUCCCAGGAAUCAAGCUCAUCUACGACGCUGGUGCCUCCUUCAUUGUCAUCCUGGUGGUCUGGGCUGGCUGCUCCGGCCUGGUCUUCCUCAACUGUUUCUUCAACUGGCCGCUAGAGCCCUUCCCAGGACCAGAGGACAUGGACUACUCGGUGAAGAUCAAGUUCAGCUGGCUGGGCUUCGACCACAAGAUCACAGGGAAGCAGUUCUACAAGCAGGUGACCACGGUGGGGCGCCGCCUGAGCGUGGGCAGCUCCAUGAGGAGUGCCAAGGAACAGGCUGCGCUGCAGGAGGGCCACAAGCUGUGCCUGUCCACUGUCGACCUGGAGGUGAAGUGCCAGCCCGACGCCACAGCUGCCCCCUCGUUCAUGCACAGCGUGUUCAGCCCCAUCUUGCUGCUCAGCCUGGUCACCAUGUGCGUCACGCAGCUGCGGCUCAUCUUCUACAUGGGGGCCAUGAACAGCAUCCUUGAGUUCUUGGUCAGCGGUGACCAGAAGACAGUGAUGGCGACCGUUGCCCUCUACACCUCCAUCUUUGGCGCGCUCCAGCUGCUCUGUCUGCUGACAGCCCCUGUCAUCGGCUACAUCAUGGACUGGAGGCUCAAAGAGUGUGAAGAUACUUCCGAGGAGCCCGAGGAGAAAGACAGCACUCAAGGUGAGAAGAAGCAGAAACGAGACAGGCAGGUCCAGAAAGUCACAAAUGCCAUGCGGGCCUUUGCCUUUACGAAUGUGCUGCUCGUGGGCUUUGGGGUGACCUGCCUCAUUCCUAAUCUGCCUCUACAGAUCUUCUCCUUCGUCCUGCACACAAUUGUGCGAGGAUUCAUCCACUCUGCAGUAGGGGGCCUGUAUGCUGCUGUGUACCCCUCCACACAGUUUGGUAGCCUCACAGGACUCCAGUCUCUGGUCAGCGCGCUCUUUGCUCUCCUGCAGCAGCCGCUGUUUCUGGCCAUGAUGGGUCCUCUCGGAGGAGACCCUCUGUGGGUGAACGUGGGUCUGCUCGUCAUGAGCAUGCUAGGCUUCUGCCUGCCACUUUACCUGAUCUGCUACCGGCGCCAGCUGGAGAGGCAGCUUCAGCAGCGGAGGGAGGACAGCAAACUGUACCUGAAGGUCAAUGGCUCGUCCAACCGGGAGGCGUUCGUCUAGUGCCCACCCACCUCUGAGCUGCGGCCUCCUGCCUGUGCUUCAGUGACUGACCGCUGCCAUCUCCCCGCCCCAGAGGAUCCUGUGUGCUCCCUGGAUCCUGCCCUUCACCGCACUGGAGCCCGUACUUCCUCAGCAAGCCUUGGCCCUGCCAGUGGAGCGCUGAUGUGGAGGGACAGGACAGGGUCCAAGACAGAUGAGCCUCCCACUGCCAGACACGAGGCUGGCCUGGCCUAGCGGUCACCCCAGGGACUCUGGGGUCUUGGAUCUCCAUGGGGCCUGUACCUGGAGCCAAGGGGAGCCCCUAGCAAGCAGGCUCUCCCUCACUGAUCUGGAGUCUGCCUCUUGCCAAAGCAGAGGGGUCUGCCAUCCUCUCCCCACACUACCUGUCCCUGCGCUGCAUGCCCACCGACCACGCCUACCUGAGGACAAAGGCCGCACCGUCUGCACUCCCUCUCCUGGCCCCUUACCUCCCUAGGCCGGUCUGUGGCUGCCUGAGGAAGGAAGGACCCGCUUCCUGUUGUUGGUGCUAACCCUUUGUAAUCCCAAUGCUCCCCCCGCGCCCCCCAUGACUAGUCCCUGGCCUGCCCUUUCCUUGAAGGCCUGUGGAGAAGCCCCUCUGCCGCAGACUGGGGGGAGGGAUGGAGGACAGAACAGUUACACAAAGCCUCAGGAGCCAUGGGCAAGGCUUGUUCCUCAGAGUGGGGGAAGUACAUCUCCACUGCCACCCUUGUUCCCGCCUGCAUCCUGAAGGGAACCGAGGGGACAUCACAAAGGCACCCUUCCACCCACACACAGCUGUUUUCUGGGGUGGAAAUAAGGCCGAGGCUGAGGGGCAUGGAGAGUCAGUCAGGCCUAAGUGGGGAAGAGGGCUGGCGGGUAAUCAGGGGUGUGUGUGUGUGUUUGUGUGUGUAUACAUGUUCACAUAUGCUAGGAGGGGAGCCCCAGGGCCUGCUUUUGCGAGAAAGGACCAGACCAGAAGCCAGCCAGGCCUGAGGCAGAUUCAAGAUGGGAGAGUCUGCCUUGCUUCAUGAUGGGGACCUUGUGUGUAGCCGUGUGGUCACACUGCCCCCUGCUGGCAGACUCUUACCAGGGCACAGGAGCUGUUUGUGGGAGGAGCCGAGCUGGCCUGCCUGGCUCAAUAACCCACUUACGUUGACAGCCCCUAGAGAUCCUGUCUGAGACCUCUUGGGGUGACAAGAGGGGUGGAUUAGUUUUUAAGGCUAUGGUUUUCUCUUAAGUUUUAUCAGGAUUCUUUUUAUGAAGCAAUAAAUCCAUUUUCCUGUUGGUAAUGGAUGACCCUCA